CGAAACAGAGCAAAGGUUGUUGUGAUAGAUAAUAUGCAUGACAAUGGCGUCACCAAACAAAACCAGAAUCAUUACAAAAUUAUCAAACACCUUUGGUUUCCGCCAUGGCAGAACAACCACCUUACCCCUACUCCUACUGCACCCUUCUAAUCUCACUCCUCUUUCUCUCCACAGCAACACCAAACGAAGAAGACCCAUCAUCAUCUUCGGCAGCCAUAGCCAGGUUCCAACAAUAUCUUCGAAUCAACACAGCCCAUCCUAACCCCAACUACUACGAAGCAGCUGAUUUCAUCGUCUCCCAAGCCAAAUCCCUCUCCCUCGAGUCUCAGACUCUGGAAUUCGUUAAAGGAAAGCCCCUGAUCCUCCUCAAAUGGCCCGGUUCCGACCCCAAUCUUCGCUCAGUUCUUCUCAAUUCACACACAGACGUGGUCCCCGUCGAGCACGGCAAGUGGGACUACCCACCAUUCGGUGCGGAGAUUGAUUGGGAGGGUAAUAUAUACGGUAGAGGGUCUCAGGAUACCAAGUGCGUUGGGAUGCAGUACCUUGAGGCUAUUCGGAGAUUGAAGGCUUCUGGAUUUGAGCCAAUGCGUUCCAUCUAUUUGUCUUUUGUUCCAGAAGAAGAGACUGGUGGUUAUGAUGGUGCCCAGAAGUUUGCUCAGUCUAAAACUUUUAUGGACAUGAAUGUGGCCAUAAUGCUUGAUGAAGGGCUUACUUCGCCAGAUGAGAAUUACAAGGUAUUUUACGCUGAAAGGAGUCCUUGGUGGCUGGUGAUAAAGGCCACUGGGGCACCAGGACAUGGUGCAAAGCUUUAUGAUAACACUGCCAUGGAGAAUUUGAUGAAAAGUGUUGAAAGCAUUAGGAGGUUUCGGGAUUCGCAGUUUGAUAUGUUGAAGGCUGGUUUGAAGACUGAUAGCGAUGUCAUUUCAGUUAACAUGGUCUUCCUCAAAGCUGGGACCCCAUCUCCAACUGGCUUCGUCAUGAAUUUGCAACCAUCUGAAGCAGAAGCAGGUUUCGAUGUAAGGGUCCCGCCAAAUGCUGAUCCAGAGUCUUUAGAAAGAAGAAUUGCCCAAGAAUGGGCACCUGCUUCACGCAAUAUGACAUUUGAGUUCAAACAAAAAGUUGCUGUUCUUGAUAAAUUUGGAAGACCAGUUCUCACUGCAACUGACAGUUCGAACCCGUGGUGGACUCUGUUAGAAGAAGCUAUAAAGAAAGCCAAUGGAAAACUUGAUAAGCCACAGAUCAUGAUGGGGACGACAGAUGCUCGAUACUUUCGGGUGCAAGGCCUGCCUGCUAUUGGCUUCUCUCCCAUUGCCAAUACUCCUAUUCUUCUUCACGACCACAAUGAGUUUUUGAACAAAGCUGAGUACCUCAAAGGAAUCACCAUCUAUGAAUCCAUUAUCAAAGCUUAUGCAUCUUUUGCCAAGCCUGAAAGAAAUGAGAGCAUCAAGGAUGAGUUGUGAGAGAGUAACAAUGGCUUAUUACUCAUCUUAAGAAUGUUAUGUAAGAGUUGUUGAUUCCUAGUGUUAUACUGAUGUACUGACUGUUAUUUGUUCAAAAAAAAUAAUGAGAUAAUUAUAUGAAACACUCAUUUUUGUAAAAAAUUUACAUUUUUACGUUGAAAGUUUUUUUUUAA